AUGGCCAUAUCGCUGCAAUCAUCGCAGAAUUCUCGAGGUGUAUCGGUAAGAUCUCUAUCAAGUAUGCGGGAAGAUACUUUGCCAAUGCUAGCGGAGAGGCUGCUGGCCACGCGAGCGGCAGCGCUGGUGGCGGGUUUACCAGCUGAGCUGUACUCGAAUGCUCUGUUGGCUGCCUGGCCUCCUUCUCCACCCCCACCGCUUUUGCCACCCCCUGCUCCUGAGCUGGAUCGUGCCCGUAAACGACGAAGAACCCCUAAACUUGACGACACCGCCACUGCACCUCUUUCGCCACCAUCAUCAGGGUCGUCUCCCGGUGCCACCGAUCCGCCUCGCGACAAACUGUUCACUUGCAAGGUCUGCUCCCGGUCAUUUGGCUACAAACAUGUUCUCCAAAACCACGAACGCACUCACACCGGCGAGAAGCCAUUCGAAUGCGGUGAAUGUCACAAACGCUUCACAAGGGAUCAUCACCUUAAAACCCACUUGCGUCUACACACAGGAGAAAAGCCAUACAGUUGUCCCCAUUGCCCUCGACAUUUCGUUCAAGUUGCUAACCUGCGACGACACCUGCGCGUGCACACUGGUGAGAGACCCUACGCCUGUGCCCGAUGUCCAGCCAGGUUUUCAGACUCCAAUCAGUUGAAAGCGCACGCUUUGGUGCACGAAGGAGAUGCGCCAUUCGCGUGCCGUUGUGGUGCCAGGUUUAGACGUCGGCAAGCGGCUGCUCUGCACCGCUGUCCCAGUAGCGGAUGUGAACCAGGCACUCCCAGCCCGCCGGCCGCAGACUGGCGUUGGGACGAUUGGCCCGAGCAGACGGAGCCGGAGGACCUGUCCCUUCCUCGCAGGCCAGCAACGCCGGACUCCCCCACUGACCUGCGCGUGCACUCCGCGUAG